CACGCUGACCGUCAGCGCUGAAGCCUACGCGCGUAGCAACUAGCAAGUAGAAACUCGUUUCAGAGUUACGCUGAACGUGGUGAGGUACAGUCAUGCCCAACCAAAUGAGUGUUCGAGUUGCUGCCGUGUAUUUGUUAUGGAAAAAGAAAAGACAACAACAACGAAGAAAAAGACUUCAAGGCAAUCCACUUAUUUCUCAAAGAUUGCUAGUGGGAGCAUUUGUUACAUUGUUCAACCAGUUAAGAGAUGACGAAACCAAAUUCUUUAAUUACUUUCGCAUGUCAUCAAGAACUUUCGACGAGUUACUGGCAAAGUUACAUGAUAAGUUACUACGUUGCAGUUACAGGCGUUUACCUAUAUCACCAGCUGAACGAUUGAUGGUUACUUUAAGAUUUUUGGCUACAGGAAAUACAUUCACAGAUCUACAAUAUUCAUUCAGGCUGGGAGUAACUACUAUUAGUUUUAUUGUAAAUGAAGUAUGUUCACUAAUCUGGGAUACACUUCACGAUGAAUGCCUACCAACCAGAAGCUCAGAGAUGUGGCAAGAAAUAGCCAAUGGAUUUCUUCACAAGGCCAACUUUCCUAAUUGUGUCGGAGCAAUUGACGGGAAGCAUAUAAGAAUUAUAAAUCCAAAGGGCGGUGGAUCGAUGUUCUACAACUAUAAGAAUUUUUAUUCCAUAGUUCUCCUGGCUAUGUGUGAUGCAGAUUAUUGCUUUACUUAUGUUAACAUUGGUGCACAUGGAAAAAACUCGGAUUCAUCGAUUUUUAAGAACAGCGCUUUAUUUCGAAACCUGGAGACUAACACUUUGAAUUUGCCAGGUCCCAAACCUUUACCAGGUACAACUGACCCAGUAAACCAUUUCAUUAUUGGCGAUGGGUCGUUUGGUAUAUCGAAGCACGUAAUGAAACCAUAUGUACGAAGCAACAUGACGCAUAAAGAAAAAAUUUUCAACUACCGAUUGAGUCGUGCAAGAAGAUACAUUGAAUCCACGUUUGGCAUAAUGUCUAACAAAUUCAGAGUGUUUCAUACUCCUAUGGCUGUUAGUGUUAAAGUUUCCACAAAUAUAGUAAAGGCAUGCUGUAUAUUGCAUAACUUUAUACGAGUUCGAGAUGGCUACAGGGUGGAAGAUUCUUUGACAAUAGAGGGCAUGAUUGAUUUACAAAAUGAUGAGCCCAUGAACAGAUCGGGGAAUGUAUCACGGGACUUAUUUGCUCAAUAUUUUUUGACACCCAUCGGGAGAGUUCCCUGGCAAGAUACAUGUAUAUUUUAACAUAACCUUUUUUAAACUUGUUUGAAAAACUAUAAGCUAUAUGAACUUAUACAUAAUUACAUGCAAAAAUAUAUUAAAUGCACCUACUUA